AACAUUAUCAGUAAAUUUGCAGAUUUUGGUAUAUAAUAUAAAUUAAACGUGCUAAAUGUUCAAUUAAAAUGAUUGCAAAAUGAAUAAACUAAUCGUAUUGUGUAUAUAUUUAAUUUUACAAUGUUCAUAUGGUGAUGAUGAUACCAUAGAUGCCCAAGUUGGUUGUUUUCUCCCCAAAGACAAGGGUCAAUGCAGAAAUUACACUACUGCAUGGUUCUUCGAUGUGGAGUAUGGCGGUUGCUCACGUUUCUGGUAUGGUGGCUGUGAAGGUAACGCAAACCGUUACAAAUCUAAGGAAGAAUGUGAAGACACUUGCGUAGAUCCAGAAGGAGCCAAGAAGUGCAAUUUACCCAAAGUAUCAGGUCCAUGUGAAGGCUACUACGUAAGCUACUACUAUGAGAAGGACGUAAAAACGUGCUUUCCGUUCACAUAUGGAGGCUGUCUCGGUAAUAGCAACAGAUUUAAUUCAAGAGAAGAAUGUAUGUAUUUUUGUGGUGAAGACGAUAUUCAAGUCCCUCCGAGGAUCUCCUUGAAUUCGACUAAAUUAGUAGUCUAUCCAGGUGAGCAAGCUUAUAUCAACUGCAGCGCCACUGGUGAUCAACCCAUCAAAAUAUCCUGGAGGUUUUUUGGAAGUGACAUGCCCACUUCAGUUACCAAUAAAGACGGAUACAUUAGCUUCAACGAUAUCCAAUUGGAACAUGCCGGUACAUAUGUUUGCGUGGCUACCAAUCCAGCUGGUAAUUCAAGUGCUAAAGUUGAUCUCAUCGUUAAAGUCCCUCCAAGGAUCUCCUUGAAUUCGACUAAAUUAGUAGUCUAUCCAGGUGAGCAUGCUUAUAUCAACUGCAGCGCCACUGGUUAUGAACCCAUCAAAAUCUCCUGGAGGUCUUUUGGAAGUGACAUGCCCACUUCAGUUACCAAUAAAGACGGAUACAUUAGCUUCAACGAUAUCCAAUUGGAACAUGCUGGUACAUAUGUUUGCAUGGCUACCAAUCCAGCUGGUAAUUCAAGUGCUGAAGUUGAUCUCAUCGUUAAAGUCCCUCCAAGGAUCAGCUUGACUUCUUAUAGACUAGAAGCUCAUCCAGGCGAGUAUCAUUUUAUCAACUGCAAUGCCACUGGCGAUCAACCCAUCGAAAUCUCCUGGUCGUCUUUAGGACGUGACAUGCCCAAUUCAGUUUUCACUAAAGACGGAUACGUUAGCUUCAACAGUACCCAAUUGCAAGACGCCGGUAGAUAUUUGUGCGUAGCUAAGAAUGAAGCUGGAAAGGCAGGUGCUGUAGCUGACGUCAUCAUAGAACCUGUCCCUCCAAGAAUCAACUUAUCUUCGACUAGACUAGAACUCCGUCUAGGCGAUUCUGGUUUUGUCGACUGCUACGCCAAUGGCGAGCAACCCAUUGACAUCUCCUGGUCGGCUUGGGAACAUAGCAUGCCCAAAUCAGUUUAUAUCAGAGACAGAGUCAUUGGGUUCAACAAUAUCCAAAUGGAACAUGCCGGUAAAUAUUUGUGCGUGGCUAAGAAUCGAGGUGGCAAAGCAAGUGCUGAAGUUGAUGUCAUCGUAAAAGUUCCUCCAAGGAUUACUUUGAAUUCAUCUAGACUAAUAGCCCAUCUAGGCCAGUAUCAUUUAACCAACUCCAGUGCCACUGGUGACCAACCCUUCGAAAUCUUCUCGCCGGCAGCUGUAAGUGACAUGCCCAGUUCAGUUACUGCUAAAGGCGGAUACAUUAGCUUCAACGAUAUCCAAUUGGAACAUGUCGGUAAUUAUUUGUGCUUGGCUAGCAAUAGAACAGGCAAAGCAGAUGCUGUAACUGAUGUCAUCGUAGAACCUGUUCCUCCAACGAUCACCUUGAGUUCAAAAAUACUAGAAGCACAUAUAGGUCAGUUACGUUCAAUCACCUGCAACGCCACUGGUGACCAACCCAUCGAUGUCUACUGGUUACCUUGGAAACGUUCCUUGCCUAAUAAUGUUCUUAUAGACGGCAGAGACAUUAUCUUCAACACUAUUCAAUGGCAACAUCACGGUAAAUAUGUGUGCGUGGCCAAGAAUCCAGCUGGCAUAGCAGAAGCUUUUGCUGAUGUCAACGUAACAGAUUGAUAAGCCGAGACAUGGUCAAACAAUGUGGUAAACCGAAGAAAACAUAGAAUAGAAAAAGACAGCCAAUAUUUAAUUGAUUUUGUAAAUUUUUCAUCCAUUAACUGUUCACUAUUUUUUGUUCUAACAAAAUUACAUUUGAUUUCACUAGU